GAGGGGGGGGAGAUGGUUGAGUGAGAGGAGAGUGAGGAGCAGACUGGGGAAAAGGGACUGAGCUUUCAUCUUUUCCCCACCUCCUUCCUCGGUUUCGGACGGCCCCUCACUGCCUUGUUUCCAGCACUGGGACGCAGCGAUGCAGAGGGAGCGGGAGGAAGGGGAAGCCCAGCCUCGGGGAAGGAGAGGCCGACACAGACCAGGCCGAGAGCAGGAUCCCGACGUCCGGCUGUCCAAGGCUCUCUCAUACGCCCUCCGGCACGGAGCCACUCAGCUCGGCCUGGAGUUGCAGAAAGACGGAUUCCUGCCCGUCGACGCCAUUCUGCGACACCCCCAGUUCAGGCGUUACACGCUACAGGACGUCCAGCGGGUGGUGGACACAAACGACAAGCGGCGGUUCGCCCUGCACACGGACCCCGCGACUGGCUCGCUGCAGAUCCGGGCCAACCAGGGGCACACGCUGCAGGUGGAGGAGCUUGAACUGACCCCGAUAUCCCUGGGCGGUGGCAAUCUCCCAGCACAGGCUGUCCACGGGACCUACCUCCGCCACUGGCCCCUGAUCAAGGCGCAGGGGCUGAGGCGCCAGGCUCGCCAGCACAUCCACCUGGCUCCGGGACUGCCCGAGGACGGCAGUGUCAUCAGCGGAAUGAGGAGCAGCUGUGAACUGGCGAUCUUCGUCGAGCUGGAGAAGGCUCUGAACGAUGGGAUACCGUUCUAUCUCUCCACCAACCAGGUGAUACUAACUCCUGGCAACGAAGAUGGGGUUUUACCCCCAAAAUACUUCCAGAAAGUUCUCCAGUUAAAACCAACCAGGCGAUUGCUUCCCCUGCAGUGAGAAGCCUCAGACUGCGCAUUGUGUACCAGCAGUGGGGGACAUCUGGACUCUAAAUGCAGAGAGAGACUCAUCAUUGGGUGCUGGCCACCACUGUAGCAGCAGAAACAACUGGAUUAUUUUGUCCUCUCUCUCAGUGCAAUAUACAACUACUGUGU